CAAUAAACUUAAAACUUUUUGUUAUUUGAUAAUUGUGUCGUACUGUAUCAUUUGUAGAGAACGGCAAUAGUUUUAAAUGUAUUAAGAAUUUCAAAUAAAAAUACAUAUUAAGUAUAAGUAUAGAAUGUAAUUUAGAAAUUUGGUAAUCAUGGUGAUAUACGGUGUUUACGUAGUAAGCAAAUCUGGAGGACUAAUUUAUAACUAUGAUCACAACAUUCCCCGGAUAGAAACUGAAAAAACGUUUGGAUUUCCUCUUGAUAUUAAGCUACAGUAUGAAAAUAAAAAGGUUGUUGUUGUGUUUGGCCAACGAGAUGGUAUAACCGUGGGACAUGUCUUACUAUCAGUAAAUGGUUCUCCAGUUACUGGAAGAAAUACAGAAGAUGGAAGGGAUGUAUUCGAAGUAAUUGAAGCUAAAGAAAACUAUCCUCUCAGUUUAAAGUUUGGUCGUAUGAGAGCUACAACAAAUGAGAAAAUAGUGUUAGCAAGUAUGUUCUAUCCACUUUUUGCCCUUGCCAGUCAGCUGAGUCCAGUGCCCAAGAGUUCAGGAAUAGAGACCCUCACUGCUGACACAUUCAAGCUUUCGUGCUUUCAGACCUUAACUGGUGUUAAGUUUAUGCUAGUGACUGAUCCAAACAUGCAAGGCACUGAAGUUGUACUAAAAAGAAUCUAUGAAUUGUAUUCAGACUAUGCUCUUAAGAAUCCCUUCUACUCUUUAGAGAUGCCAAUCAGGUGUGAACUAUUUGACACAUCUCUACACACUUUGCUGGAGCUGGUGGAAAAAUCAGGCACUGCAAAUUUAUAGAUGCCAAAGAAGAAAAGGCAAGAAGGCAAUUAUGUCGAGCCCUGAAUUAUUGUCACAUCCAAGACUCAUAUUUAUUAGUGUAUGUGCACUUAUGUAUGGAAAUGCUUUAUUUAGGGCUGGUUCUCCUAAGGAUAGGCAAACGAUUAUUAAAUGGGAUAGUCAUCUUGCAAUU